AUGCGAACAUUUGUCUCGAUAGCCCAGAAUGCAUGGGGAAUUUUUAUAUCUGAAAGGAAGCCUGGCUGGAAGUAUCUGAUGCAACUUUUUGCAGUUUGCUCUGCAGUUGGCUUCAUCUCAAGCUUUCUCUUAUUCCUUGGCAUGUACUUCUCCCUGGCACACCACCCUUUGGGCCCCUUACUGAUUUCUGGAUUCAUCUGGAUCUCACUUUCUAUUGCACUCUCAUGUUUCAAGCACCUGCGCUGUUUUAGUGUCCUGUUCCUUCUUUCUUGUGGAUUGCAAAAUGGCAGGAAUGCUCUUAUUACUGCUGGCACAGGUGUUGUGGUGGCCGGCAACAUCCAAAAUAUUUUUCAUAACCUAAAGGUUCUCGCAGACAGUAUAACAUGUCAUUUAGAGUAUGAGAAAUUUGACUUGAUAAAAUAUUAUGUUGAUGCAGUAAAAUGGAUUUACGAGAUGGCUAAGCUUUCCCCUGAACUAUUUAAAUAUAUAGUGUUCCUAAGGCAUGAAUUCACAUCAUCUUAUUCGAUUUUAGAUGAUGCAUUAAAACAAGAGCUAAAUGACACAAAGCAAGAAAUCCAGAGAGUUGCUAACCAGAUAUCUUUUAUGCUGACUAUACUGCCCUAUAUAGGCCAGAAAGUAUUGCCUGUAGUGGGGAUUUUUCUAGUUUCUUUUGGAACUGGCCUCUUUAUCAAAAAAUUUUUGGGCCCUCACAGUGCCAAAUUCAAUAAUAUUUAUAUCACAAAACAGUUCAUUGCAUUUGAUGAGCACCAAAAGCAACAGCAAAGACCCUGUCUUCUGCCACUUAACAGAAAAGAAAAAAAAGAUUAUGUGACAAUUCCAUCUUUCUGCCUCACAAGGAAGGACAGAAAAAACAUGCAGCAUUUUUUUCUCCCUGUAAUUAUUCAUCUUUGCAUCUGGCUUCUGUUUGCUGUACUGGAUUAUUUGUUUUAUUGGUUAAUUAAUUCUGUGAAUAAACAUCUCCGAGAAGUACCGGAUCUGGAGAUUCAACUCAGCCUCUCUCAGCAAAGGAAUGAGAACAGCUUCAUCUUUGGUAUGAGAGAGCAUAUUGAAAAGACUAAUCCUUUCAAGAUCUCUUUGUUUAAGCAUGACUGCAUCCCUCAGCCAGAGCUUGUUCUCUCCACAACAUGGAUCCAGCUUGGAGUCAUCAUCAUCUUCUUAAUCAUUUUUGGGUUAUUCUCUGGCCUCCUGACCCAACUUAAAAUACUCAUUUCAACUUCAUUUUAUCCUGACACCGAGAUGAAACGGAUACAUUAUUUGCAUGCAAAAUUACUCAAGAAAAGAGCAAAGCUACAAGAGAAAACUGGGAAGAACAUGUUUGCUAGAACGGUCAGCUUUUGGUUUCCAAUACUCAAGGCAAGAAAGGCAGUCAAGAAGAAAGAAGAGUGUGGCAAAAGACAACACAAUGUGAAAGAGACCAAGUGA